AUACAUCUAUCAGAUCCUUUUGUUCCUCCAACUACAAGAAGUGAAAGUGAUGAAGAAACUGAUAGUAAUGUCUUUAACACUGAUAGCGUUGAGAAUACUACAUUUGAUGAAUAUAUAGGUGAUAACCAAGAGAAACUCUUCUUGGAUAACUUGGUUAUGCUUGAUAAGGAUGUUGAUGAAAAUCCCGGAGAGAAUAUCUCCAAACUGUUUAAUUCAUACCAUUCCAAGAUAUUGCGAAUGGGGCAAGAGUUAGGGUUAUCAAUUGUCACGGAAUAUCAUGAGAUAUUGAGCUUAUCACAUAUUUUACUAUUGCAAACUGAUAAUUUCUCGAACUUACAGAUCGAAAAAUUUUCCAGGGAUACUCUCAAACAUUUUCAGCAAAAUAUGUGUAAUACAUAUGUAAUGAAAGUGAAGGUCGCACCAAGUGUGAAGGCAAUUGCACUUGAUGAGAAUCUCAGAUUGAAAGAGACACAAAAGACUAUAAUAAGAUCAAAGUCUUUUGAAAAUCCCAUUGAUCAGGAAAAGUUCGACAUGAUGCAAUUUAUCUUUUUGCAAUUAACCAAAAAUAUUCCCAUUAAGCCACUAAAGGACAUUCUCAGCAAGAACACAUUGACUGUGAAUAUAAUUAGCCCAAUAUUAUAUUUCUUUUUUCACGAUACUUCAAUACAUCCAGCCAUAUGGCCAAACACUACUAGCAUGAGUGCCAAAGUCCAUAAACUUGCAAAUCUGGAUUCUUCACGAGCAAAGCAACCAGACAUGAUUGGUAAUGUUGUGAAUAACAGCAAAUCUACAUAUGAAAUCAUGUUUAGAGAAAUAACUGGAGAAGAGAAAAACAAUAAUAACAAGAAAAACUACCUGAAUCUUGUUAGCCAAACUGAGCUUUUCAAGUUCUUUCAAACCUGCAGACAAUUCAUUGAUGGGAUUGAUAAUUUGUUUAAGUUUGCAGAGAAAUACGAGUAUGAAGUACAAAGGUACUGUAAUGAUAUUAACCAAAAGAAAAAAGAUAAUCCUGUUGAAGUCACCAAUUGGUGCCGAGCUACUCUGGGGAUACUGCAGUUUAAAGAGCUAAUCAAAGAACGUAAAUAA